AUGUCUAUCGGUCGGGCGUCUAAUUCACAACCCAUAUCAACCAAAACCGUCGUUAUAUUCCGAAACGGAGAUGCUUUUUAUCCCGGCCGGAGGUUUGUCAUCAAUCAACGUCAAUCCUCAACUUUUGACAGCUUUUUGAACACUGUCACGCGAAGUCUCACGGCCCCCUUUGGAGCAGUGCGAAACAUUUACACCCCCGAUAAUGGUCACAGGGUUGAAGAUCUGGAGCAGCUCGUGCAUGGAGAGAUAUAUGUGGCAGCCGGUGCAGAGAAGCUAAAAAAACUGGACUAUCAUCACAUAAUAAUACAGAAACCUCAAAAAAAGAAGAGUGAACUGAUCCGACCUGUAGUUCACAGCAGAAUAAUUGUCCCAGCUCGCUGGAAGAGAAUCAGUAAUGAGCCGUGCACCAUCAAUGUUUUUACAAAUGGAGACAUCUUGGUUCCUCCAGCACGCGUGCUGAUUCCAAAACACACGCUGGCCAGCUGGGAAAAUGUCUUGACCAUGGUGACUGAGAAAGUCCACCUUCGCACAGGAGCUGUACACAGAUUGUGCAUGCUGAAUGGAAAACCUUUACAUGGAGGAUAUGAGCUGCAGAACAGUCAGUAUUAUGUCGCUGUGGGGGUCGAGAGGUUCCGGCAUUUGCCGUAUUAUCAGCUGGUUCCGAGCAAAGGAGUAAUCCACGACCUCACUGAUGCGAUCAGCAGUGGCAUUCUUCCAGCCCUAAAAAGAGAAAAGCAAGAUGGAAAGCCACUCGUGAAACCAGGAGUGGACAACGAUGACUCCGUUUUUUAUGCCAAAACGGACCAAGCCAAACCGCCCAGGCAGGCCUCGGAAAUCCCGAACUUCCUCAGUACAGUGGAAAAAAGUAUCUUCAAAGCCACCAACAAAAGAAAAGAGACAGUAACAGCAUCUGAGGUCCUGGAAGAUAAAAGUAUGAAGGUGGAUCUUCCUAUAGAACAGGUGGAUGUUAAAGAGGUUGAGGAGGAGCAGUCCCUCCACAAAGACACCCAACAAGAAAGUGGUGGUGACAACUCUGCAAAAGACUGCAACCAUCCGAAUGCAAGAUCACCCCUUUCCAGAAGUCAAGAGAUCUCAGAGUACGCAUCUCAUAUAAAUGAAUCAGAAGGAGCGUCCCAACUCAACAGUCACAGAGACAGCAGAAACAAGACAUUAGCUCAACCACAACCAGCGGUAUAGAGCUCUCAACAUGUGACUGUGAUGUCAUCUGAUAAAUCACAAGUCUUUCUUCACAAUGGAUGUGGUCAUAAGGAAGGAUAUGACACUCCCACCAGAAAAUCCAACCCCAGAAAAUUAGUCAAUUUAGAUACAGCUCUUAUUGUGGUCCAAUAGUCUUCGACUCGCUACGGCGGGAAUCUCAUAAUGUUGAUGAACGCGCACAACGGCGGUUUGGAAUAUUACAAUGCCAUGCAAUUUCACAGUGCUUGGAAAUCGGAAGAUAUCGAGUCUUAUUUAAACAAUCAAUAACACGCAGCAUUCCGUUUAAUGAAAACUAUAAUUCCAGACAAAGGCAAUUACACCACCGGGUAUUGUUUUGGCGGCGUGGUUUUUGCUGUAGUCUGCAUUU